UCCCGUCAGGUGGAGCGUAUGCCCCGGUGCAGGGCGCGGUCCCGUCACUUCUUCAGCUGGAGACAGGAGUUGUUGGUCUUCCUCUGCAGGUCAGAGCCCUCGCCACCGAUACGAUGUCAGGGUUUGCGCAACGCAUCCCCCGCCCUCCUCAACCAAAGGGACCAGCUCUAGGAUUAUCAAAGUUGUUUGGUUGCGCCAUUCCUAUUGCUCAGAUCGCAAUUGGUGCAGUGUAUCUGGAUGACUGUCCGGUGCAGCACUACAUCCCCAUCUAUUUGAUCGUGUCGGGGGUGUUCGGCCUGAUGCUGGCGCUGCUCUCCUGCCUGCCCUUCUCCCAGAAGCCCGAAGACGGCACCACCAACCCGCUCAGUACAGCCUGCAUCACGUGGAACUCAUUGACGUCCUGCUUCCUCUUCUGCUGGUUCAUCGCCGGCAAUGUGUGGAUCUACUCUAUUUACCAGCCCGAAUACACCAAGAACUCAACGAACGUGGACAUUUACUGCAACAAGACGCUCUACCUGUUCGCCUUCUGGAUCACGACUCUGGUCUACAUCCUCUUCGGCGUGAUCCUGCUGUGCAGCUGCUGCGUCAUGGUCUGCUUCUGCCUGUGUGGCCGAGCCGACGCCGACGACAACAUCUAGAGACUUUUGCCGGGGGGGUUGUGCGUGUCUUCUGCGCACAUCACGUCAGGGUUUUUGUGUUGCACGCGCUGCGAGGCUGCGAGUAUGCUGUGCAAACAAUGGAGAAAACUGUGUGAGAGGCACGUCGUGUGCAACAAGACAAAUCAGUUUAAUCAGCUGUGUUGUGGCAGCUCUGAGUAACUCUGAAGAGUCAACAGAUUUUUUAACACUGAUUAUACAUAAAGAUUCCUAAUCGCCGAGCCCUCCCUCACUGUCUCUCCCAAUAUGAUUUGUUUAUAUGUGCAGCCGGAAAAUUGGGCUCAAGCUUUGUACAUGAUGAAAUGAUUAAAUGGCUGAUCUGUGUGUA